ACUGCGGACAUAGUACAGUAGAUGACCAGAGACUGCGGACAUAGUACUGGAGAUGACCAGAGACUGCGGACACAGUACAGGAGAUGACCAGAGACUGCAGGACAUAGUACUGGAGAUGACCAGAGACUGCGGACAUAUUACAGGAGAUGGCCAGAGACUGCGGACAUAGUACAGGAGAUGACCAGAGACUGCGGACAUAUUAUAGGAGAUGACGAGACUGCAGACAUAGUACAGGAGAUGACCAGAGACUGCGGACAUAGUACAGGAGAUGACCAGAGACUGCGGACAUAUUAC